AUGCAGCCUGGUUUUGAUCCCAAUAAGGAGAAGAAAAAUGGUGGAGAAUCGCGUGAAGGCUCGUGUGAUCGAAGUGAAUGUGCGCUACAGAAGACGUGCUCUCUGAAUCUCGUCCCUAGCUGUUUGAAGACCGUGACGGAUGCUUGCGGCAAGAAUUUCUAUCAUCUUACGAAAGGCGAACAUGUCUGUGGUCCUUGUUACGAUGAGCUUUGGAUGACAGGACAUAUCCAUGCUCAGCACUUUGCCGACUGGAAAGUAGCCUGGUGCAAGAUGAGUCGUUGCUUCCCCACUCCCAGAUUUUUUGUGCAGGAUCAGCUUCUCCCAUACUGGCUCGAGUGCACAAAAUGUCACAAAUACCGCAAAUAUGACUCAGAGGCGUUGAAAGUGAUUACUGUUCCAGAAAUUGAAAGCUUCAGCUGCAGUGAUUGCUCUGCACCGGAGGAUAGGCUAGCGAUAGAAGCUCGUAAUCCAAACUGGAUUUUAUCGGCUGCAGUCGCUCCUCUGCUGCACAAUUCGCCUUCGCUGUACUACUUGAAGGAUCAUUACUAUCUGGAUGAGGUUGGGGUUAGCCCGGCUGCUGCCAGCUAUCCGGAGGAUAUCACUAUACCUUCUUCGUCAUUUAUGGCACCAUUCCACAUACCUGAACAGCCUAUGGCUUUCUGUGUUCGACCAGACGUAAUGGAGUACGAUGAACUGAAACGUUUCCCACAAUAUUCCGCCGAGCCAAUCAUAUAUCUGGGCCUUCGUAAUCUCAUUAUCACCCUGUGGAACAUGAAUCCAUGUGUGAGUUCACCAUUGCGGGAUUUUUGAAU